AUGAAAGCGUAUGUUCUUCUACUAGUGAUGAUGCUUAAAAGUAUAACUUGCCAAAAAGAUUCUUCAUUACAUGUUGGAACCGUAUUGUUUUCUCCUUUAGACACAAAAAGAUCCCAAUGGAGCAAAACAGAGGUAAGUUUACUUCGAGCAAGGCGAUAUUUCCAAAAAUUACUACCACCACCUAAUAUUAAUACUUCUAUCGAUAACUAUAUAAAUACGCUAUUAAAUUACAUUAAGGAGGCCUACACAACUGUUAAGAGAGAAGCCGUUGAUCCAAUAUCAGAUAGCAUUAUGACUACAGCACUUUCAGACGCCUUUGGAGGGUAUUUAAAAGCAUGGAUUUUACCCAUCACCAAAUAUGGUUAUUACGCGGGCAUAAUAUCCCAGAAUAAUGCUCUUAAACUCUUCCAUUUUUACGAUCAAAUCAAAUCAUAUAUGGAGACUGAUGGUAAAGGAUGGAAUAAUCCUGAUUGCAACAUACUGAGUUCUAUUGAUAUUGUAAUACCCCAAUAUCAUUCCAAAACACGAAAUGUAAAUGAUGCAUGCCAAAAAAUUGCAUACUUAGAGAAAACAAAAUCAGGUCUGAGAGUGCCUAUUCCUUAUAUUAAUUGGGACAAAAAUACGCAAACCAUGUUUGUUCCUUUUAAAAACCAGUCUUUAAUAUCUCUCCAAUCUCCAGAUUCUUCAAAUGUUUUAUUUCAAUAUUACGACUUGGCAAGACGUUGUCUACGUGAAAUUGAUACAGCAGAUGAAUACGAUUUUGAACAUAGACUGCAAUCGUGGCUCUCUGAAGAUGUCGUACCACAUCUAAAUGAUGACGAACUCUAUCUUGCUUUAAACAGUGUAUUAACAUUAAUGAACAACUCACAAAAUUUAUGUGAAACAAUCAAAUCAGAUAACAAGCCCUUUCUGUCUUAUAUACCAAUCAAUUUCACCUCAAAGAAAAUUAUUAUUGUUAUUAUAAUAUUAUUUCUUGAAAUUGCAUGGUUUAUACCAGCUCUAUUGUAUCUAACAAUAUGUUCUAAGAAAAAGAAGAAAAGCUCUUUAAGCAAUGUUUUUCUGUUUCUUGAUUCACAUGAUAAUAAAAAAGAGAUAUUUAGUGAUACAUGCUAUAGUAAAUUAAAUGAUACUAACAAAGGAAAUGUUUACCACAAUCGAAAACCCAGACAGGAUACAAUUCGUCAUUAUACAAGCGAUACGUAUCCGGACUGUAAAGGAUUUAAGAUUGAGCAAAAAUCUCAUCUGCGACCCAUACAAGAUAAAAACCUAUUUCCUGAAAGUACUCUAUCGAAAUAUUCAGUCGGUACAAUAACUUGUCCACGUGUUUCUUCAAAGAUUUGCUCCGCUGAUAUCGUAACUGUAGUUAAGGAAACCAAAGUAGGUACCACAAAGUCGUCACUAAAAAGUAUAUUUACACGUCAAAACAUAAUUCAGUCUUCUGAUCAGUCUCAAUUAAAUUUUCCGAAAAUAAGUGGCUCUAAAUCAAAUUACACUAAACUCGACCAGUCAAAAUCAAACCAAUCAAGUCGCUACAAAUCGGCAGAUGAGAUAUUAUGUGACUGUAACUGUACACCUGAUAAUAGUAUAACAAAUGACAGUUUAAUCACAGUACAAGAACUUGAACCUCGUAAAACUUUCACACUAGUCAAAAAUAUGAAAACAUCAAAGCAAACUCUAUUGUGUAUUCCUCAAUCAAAUGCACUGCCUAUUGAAUGCCACCAAGUAAAAAGCUUUGCAGAAUGUAACCAAAUUCAGGAAAAACAAGAUAAAGAUUUAACUAAACAACCAUGCUUAUCUUAUAUAAAUGAAAAGAAAUGUAAAAAUAAUGUUAAUGAAACACAAAGUCAAGGAAAACAGAUAUCACAUGUAAAUAUAUCGUUAGAAACAAUGCCAAUUCGUAAUGAAAAAGAAACAAGCACUAAAAUUGAGAAAUGCACAAAACCUAAUUUACCUAAAAAGAGUAGACAUUCUAAUAAACUCCAAGGAUUAAAAUUAAGUUCUGGCAACCCUUUUUUAGAAAUAAAAAUAGAUAGACCUCAUACAGAAAUGAGUGUAGGUAUAGGUGGAGCGUGCCUGUCGAAAAAUACCAAAGCAAGCAGGAUUCCUAAAAAGACUGUUAACGAUAACGUAGUUCGAUUAAGUUAUAAGAUAUUACAGGAGAAGUCUACGGCAUCUACAAAACAAAGAAGUAUGAUACCACAAUUAAAAAAGCGCCCUGUAGAUGAUAAUGUUGUUACAUGUACUAAAACUUCAUCACAUAACAGAUUAAACGAAACAUUGUAG